AAUGAAUAGUAGCUAAAAAAUACGAAAAGGAUCUCGCAAUAUGAAGUAGAACAAUCAACAUAGUCAUAAUAGGUAUAAGAAGAUUAGUCAUGAUCAAAGAACUCAAAUAAUAAAUGAACUCACUAAGAAUGGUAAAACAUUAAAAGAAGUAUAUAAAAUCAACAAUUUAUAAUAGGUAUCUGAAGAAACAUAAUUGAAACCAUCAACAGUUAAGGCUAUAUUACAAGUCUAUUUGAAAGAAGGAAGAAUAGGAAAAAAGUCAACAAGAGACAGGAAGGUCAAACUUCUAAACACAACUGUGAUCGCAUUAAUUGACAAAACUAAGUAAACAUUAUAUUAUUACUAUAAUUAUUAAUAGAAAUAGUGAUUAUGCUAUAGAAAAUCUAUAAUUCAUUCAUCCUAUGAUUAAAAUAAAUUAACAAUCUUCAGAGAUUUCUCAUAACGGAUAAACUCUGACAGAAACUUAAUAAAAAUUAGAUUAAUAUUCAAAAUAGCUUGUGAUGAUGUAAGUUAAAGAUUUCUUAAGAGAAAAGAAAUCAGAGAUUUUGGAAUAAUUGGCUAAUCCUUUAGCAAAAUAAAAUUUCUUAAAUUAACUAGCUUAAUUUGAAGUGAGUGAAUAAUUACCAUUUUAAGAAUUGAAGAAAGAAUAAUUAUCUGCUGAAGAUGAAUAGUUUGUAGAGAAGAUAACAUAACAUCUAAAAUCGAAAGUAAAAAUUUGAU